AGAUUUUGCCGCCCAAUGAUUUGUGAAGCAGGCGGUGAAAAGCAUUGUGGGUAAUUUUGAAAGAUGGCGGACGACGUGGAGCAGCCCCCGGCCACAAACACAGUUGAAGAGCCUCUGGAUCUGAUCCGUCUGAGUUUAGAUGAGAGGAUUUAUGUGAAGAUGAGAAAUGACAGAGAGCUGCGCGGCAGACUGCACGCCUAUGACCAGCACUUAAACAUGAUCCUGGGUGAUGUGGAGGAGACGGUCACCACUGUGGAAAUCGAUGAAGAGACGUAUGAGGAAAUUUACAAGUCAACGAAGAGAAAUAUCCCCAUGUUGUUUGUUCGAGGGGAUGGAGUCGUGUUAGUCGCCCCUCCGCUGAGAGUCGGAUAACUUCAUUUGUACGUUCAUUAUUUUGGAUUUUUUAUUUUCUUGAAGUGGAUGGACUUUUAAGUGAAUGACAUUUUCACUUGAGCCACAGAUUUCUGUUCGAAUUUGACCUUUUAUGUUUUGGAAACUCUGAAGGUGUUUGCACGCUUUAUUUUGGAUUGUAUUAAAAUACUAAAACGUUUCAUGUUUUUCAAGUGUAAUAAAAAAGUCGUUAUCUGUCAGGCAAAAGUUUUCCAUAAAG